UUGCGUGUACUGCCCCUCUGAGAGCGUUUUAGUCGCAUUCAUCUUAGCAGUGGCCAGGUUUUGUUUUGCACUCUCCACUAGGGAAGAACUCUACUAGGGCGAGGGUAGGUCUUCUCUUUCUCUCUCCCCUUUUCUCUUUGAGCUAGGGUUUGAGAGAGAGAGAGAGAGAAUGGAGAGCGAGAGAUCGAUCGAUGGCGCGGGCCCGCGCCGCCGCUAGCACGUAGCGCCAAGCCGGUGAGAUUCUCCUUGUGGCAUCGAAAUUUUGAUUCAGUCGAUUCCUGGUUCGCGGUUGCGGUAAUCUUGGAAAGGAGCUAGGGAUCUGCCGCCGCGUCCCGUAGCGCAUCUGAAAUAAUCACUCCCUGGAAUGGGGGGUUUUCUAGGUGGGCGGAGGCAGUGUACUUUGGUCGGAAUGAUCCCGGCGCUGCCGCUGCUACUGUAGAAGAAGGUGGAGGAAUCGCUGCGCGACAGCUGGUUGAUUCCCAAUGUCGGGCAAAAAGUCGUCGUCCUCAUCGUCUCUCCUGCCGCUCAGGAGCAUCCUCCGCGAGUUUCAAGACAUCAGAGAUGGCAUCGGCAGCCUCUCGAGGCGGAGCUUCGAGGUCCGGCUCCCCUACCACCACAGGUCGAGGUCGCACAGCGUGGUGCUGGACGAGCCGCCGGUGAGGGACGUGGUGGUGCUCCAGCAAAGCAGAUGGGCGAGCAUGCCCCCGGAGCUCCUGCGCGAUGUGAUCCAGCGGCUGGAGUCGAGCGAGCACACUUGGCCCGCCCGCAAGAACGUUGUGGUGUGCGCGGAGGUUUGCAGCCAGUGGAGAGACAUCGCCAAGGAGCUCGUCAAGACGCCCGAGCAGUCGGGGAAGCUGACCUUCCCCAUAUCGCUCAAACAGCCUGGGCCGCGCGAUGCUACCAUGCAGUGUUUCAUCAAGCGAGACAGGGCAACGUCGACGUAUCACUUGUGCUUGGGGCUUUCUCCCAGUAAGAAAAGUCAACUCUUUAAUGUUUUUUUGUUCGGUUUCUUACGUACGGAAGACUUUGAUGCAGGCUUGCAGGAGCACGGGAAGUUUCUCCUGGCAGCACGGAAGGUAAGGCGUGCGACAACCACCGAUUACAUUAUUUCCCUCGAUCCGGAAGAUUUCUCGCGGGGAAGCACUUCAUACGUUGGGAAAUUACGAUCGAAUUUUCUCGGUACCAAGUUUACGAUUUAUGAUAGUCAACCUCCACACGUUGGCGCAAUGCCUUCCAACAGCAGGGUUGGGAGACGCUUCGGCUCCAAACAGAUAUCUCCGCGCGUCCCCUCCGGGAGUUACAACGUGGCGCACAUCGCCUACGAGCUAAACGUACUCGGGACGAGGGGGCCGAGGCGAAUGCAAGUUACUAUACACUCCAUCCCGGCGUCGGCCAUGGACCCAGGCGGUGUCGCCCCCACUCCAACGGUAUUUGCAAACCCGCUGGAAGACGCCCAGCUUCCGUUCCCGGUCUCCAAAUCCAAGGUCUCGGACUGCAGCACAGCUCCAGUCGUGGUCCCUUACAGCGGCGUGAUGAGCAAAGACGGCCCGCUUGUGCUCAAGAACAAGGCCCCCAGGUGGCACGAUCAACUCCAGUGCUGGUGUCUCAAUUUCCGGGGCCGUGUUACAGUGGCCUCUGUGAAGAACUUCCAGCUGGUGGCCGCUCUGGAGCCGGGGCAACAGGCUCACGCGGACCAUGACAAGGUCCUCCUACAGUUUGGGAAGAUUGGAAAGGAUAUGUUCACCAUGGACUACAGGUAUCCGCUGUCGGCUUUCCAGGCAUUCGGGAUUUGCCUCAGCAGCUUUGACACGAAGCUGGCCUGCGAGUGAUUCUUGGUAGCGGUGGGUGAUGCCGCUGGUGAUGGUCUCUUACGAAAAUAAGAGAAGGUUUGGAGGGGCAUUUCAUGCGUUUGAUUCGUUGCUGGGGAUUGAUACAAAGCAGGGAAGGGGAAGAUUGGUUGAGGUACCUACGUAAAAGCUUCAGAGAGCUCAAGGAUUGCUUUUACAGGUUGAAGAAGCUGCGAAAAGUGUUGGGUGGUCCGACUGGUAGGUGAUGUUCGUUCGUUCUUUCGAAGAUUUGGAUUUCCAGCUUCUUUUGCGAAGGAAAAGAGAAGAAAAAACGAAAGAAAAAAAGAGCUCGCUCGUAGACUUUGGGAGUUAAGAACCUUGAGAAAUUUUUUUCCGAGGGUGGGGAAGUUCUAAAAGUUAAUAUAAUGUACAAUGUAUUUUUAAAGGUGGGAAAA